ACUUGAUAGAGUGAUAGUGGGAACAAUGAGUAAUCCUUUCCUUUUCCCAUGUUGAGUGCGAGUAACACGCUAUUUUAAUCCUAACCCCAAUACCCCAUGCCUAUAAGUACCAUCUCUCUAAGCAUCCCUUAAACCAUCAGAAAAACAUUCUCAAUAUGGCUUACCGAAAAACGUCUUAUGUUGUUUUCUUUUUGGUGUUAGGAGUAGGUAUAUGCACUGCCACUAGGGCUCUCCUCACUUUUGAACUUGGAGGGCAUACUGAUCUUGGUGUUGGGGUCGAUGUUGGUGUAGGUGGUUAUGCCGGGGGAGCGGGAAGUGGUGGAGGUGGUGGAGCGGUUCAUGGAGGAGGUGCGGGAGGAUAUGGGGGCGGCAGUGGUGAAGGAGGCGGUGCAGCUGGUACUGGAGUUGGCUAUGCUGGUGGAGGAGGUAGUGGAAGAGGUGGAGGUAGUGGAAGAGGUGGAGGCGGUGGAGCAGCUCAUGGUGGAGGAGCUGCUGGAGGAUAUGGUGGCGGUAGUGGUGAAGGAGGUGGUGCAGCUGGUAGUGGAGCUGCAUAUGCGGGUGGGGGAGGUAGUGGAAGUGGUGGAGGUGGUGGAUCAGCUCAUGGAGGAGGAGCUGCUGGAGGAUAUGGUGGCGGUAGUGGUGAAGGAGGUGGUGCAGCUGGUAGUGGAGCUACAUAUGCGGCUGGUGGAGGUAGUGGAAGUGGUGGAGGUGGUGGAGCAGCUCAUGGAGGAGGAGCUACUGGAGGAUAUGGUGGUGGUAGUGGUGAAGGAGGUGGUGCAGCUGGUAGUGGAGCUGCAUAUGCGGGUGGGGGAGGUAGUGGAAGUGGUGGAGGUGGUGGAGCAGCUCAUGGAGGAGGAGCUGCUGGAGGAUAUGGUGGCGGUAGUGGUGAAGGAGGUGGUGCAGCUGGUAGUGGAGCUACAUAUGCGGCUGGUGGAGGUAGUGGAAGUGGUGGAGGUGGUGGAGCAGCUCAUGGAGGAGGAGCUACUGGAGGAUAUGGUGGUGGUAGUGGUGAAGGAGGCGGUGCAGCUGGUAGUGGAGCUGCAUAUGCCGGUGGAGGAGGUAGCGGAAAGGGUGGAGGCGGUGGAGCAGCUCAUGGAGGAGCUGCUGCUGGAGGAUAUGGUGGCGGUAGUGGUGAAGGAGGUGGUGCAGCUGGUAGUGGAGCUGCAUAUGCUGGUGGAGGAGGUAGUGGAAGUGGUGGAGGCGGUGGAGCAACUCAUGGAGGAGGAGAAGCUGGAGGAUAUGGUGGUGGUAGUGGUGAAGGAGGUGGUAUAGCUGGUGGUGGAGCCACUUACGGCGGUGGUGCCGGUGGAGGAAGUGGUGGAGGUGGGGCAUAUGGAGCUGGAGGCGAGCAUGCAGCCGGUGGCGGUGGAGGUGGAGGCCAUGGAGGUGGGGCAACUGGUGGUGGGUCUGCCUACGGUGGUGGUGCUGGUGGUGGUAGUGGGGGUGGUGGUGCUUAUGGGGCUGGAGGAGAGCAUGCCGGUGGUGAAGGUGGUGGCCAUGGAGGUGGGUAUGGUGAUGGUGGGGCUGGUGGACAUGUCUCUGGAGGCGGAGGAGGAAGUGGUGGUGGUGGUGGAGCGGCCUAUGGAGGUACUGCUGCAGGAGGUGGAUACGGUAGUGGCGGUGGAGCAGGAGGAGGUGCAAGUGAAGGAGGUCAUGCAUACGGUGUUGGUGGGGGUGGAGGAUCCGGUGGUGGCGGUGGAUUCGCUGGUGAAGGAGCCCAUGCUGGUGGUUAUGGGGCUGGUGGCGGUGAAGGGGGUGGCCACGGAGGAUACAUGCCUUGAUCAACUAGUGUCAUAAUAUAAUGCAAUUGAACUCAUCUUAUCGAACUUUUGCUGGAAAUAUAUGGUUUCUUAUUUCAGUGUCUUAUCUUCUUGUUGGUAAUUAUACUCCAUUUACAAUAAGGUUGGUCGUAGUAGUGAAGUUUGCAAGAACUUCAAAUUUAUCAAUAAUAUUUAAUUAUUUAUAAUAUGGUUGUGACAUACGAAGUAUGUAAUUAAGUAUGUAACGGUGCAUGCAAAAUUGUUGCAUCAAAUUGUACUCCUUAGUGUCCUUCUGCAAUUGAAAUUUUCUUCUGCCUAA